UGCGGCCCCUACGCCGUUGCCUUUGCCAAGCCCUCUCCCUUCUCUCUCUCUUUCUCCUUCCAUACCUUCUCACUAUUAAAGAGAGAAUACAAUUACACUAUCGAAUCAAACCCACACUCUUCCAACACAAAAAACAAACUCAAACUUAAACAAACCAUAAACCCAUAAACCAAACACCCAAAAACCAAAAACAAAAAACCAGUUUACACUUUUCUUAAAACACCAAUAUUAUUACUAGAAAGCACAGACAAGCAGACAAAAGCAGCAGUAACAGCCUUGCUCUGUUUUUCAAGAACAGAGCAACAAAAACAGAAAAAACAGAGCAAAAACAAAAACAAAAACAAAAGAAAAUGGAUGAUGGUGGGUUGUUAAGAAAUCUAUGGGGAUUAAAACCCAUAAUUUUGACAUCAAUUUUGUUGGUUUUAGCAUUAAGAAUAAUGGUAGUUUUAUGGUGGAGACCAAGAAAAAUUGAAUAUCAUUUUGCUAAACAGGGGAUCAAAGGUCCUCCUUACCAUUUCUUCAUUGGUAAUGUCAAAGAAAUUGUUCAGCUCAUGUUGAAGGCUUCUUCUCAUCCUAUGCCUUUCUCUCACAACAUUCUUCCUAGAGUUUUCUCUUUCUACCAUCACUGGAGGAAAAUCUAUGGUGCAACAUUCAUAGUGUGGUUUGGACCCACGGCGAGGUUGACCGUAUCAGAUCCGGACCUCAUCCGAGAAAUCUUCAGUACCAAGUCCGAAUUGUACGAGAAAAUCGAGGCUAACCCGCUUGUGAAACAGCUUGAGGGAAACGGGCUGAUAAGCCUCAAGGGUGAAAAAUGGGCUCACCAUCGAAAAAUCAUAACCCCCACCUUCCACAUGGAAAAUCUAAAGUUGUUGAUACCAAUGGUUGGGAAGAGUGUAGAGGAAAUGCUGGACAAGUGGGACCAGAUGAUGUGGGAGAAAGGAGGAGGAGGAGAGAGAGAAGUGGAAAUCGAAGUUUCGGAGUGGUUUCAGGGAUUGACAGAGGAUGUGAUCACAAGAAUGGCAUUUGGAAGUAGCUACGAACAAGGCAAAGCCAUUUUCAGGUUACAAAGCCACCAAAUGCUCCUUGCUGCUGAUGCUUUUCAGAAGGUUCUCAUUCCUGGCUAUAGAUUUAUGCCAACAAAGGGGAAUAUGAAGUCAUGGAAAUUGGACAAGGAGAUAAGAAAAUCAUUAGUGAAGCUAAUUGAGAAGAGAAAAUUAGAGAAUUGCAAUACCAAUAUUAAUGAUAAUAAUAUUAAUAUGGGAAAUAACAUUGGAUCAGAGGAAGUAGGAGUAGGGGGAGAUGGGCCAAAGGAUUUGCUGGGCUUAAUGAUCCAGGCUGGGAUGAGAGAGGAUGAGAAAAACAACAACAAUAACAAUAAUAAUAAUAAUAUUCCAGAAAUUAAUAAUUCUUCAUUAAAUAAUUAUGCCCCACAAUUAUCAAGCACUAAUAAUAAAAAUAAAAUAACGGUCCAAGAUAUUGUGGAAGAGUGUAAGAGCUUCUUUUUUGCUGGGAAACAAACGACGUCGAAUCUGCUGACAUGGACCACUGUGCUCCUUGCUAUGCAUCCUCACUGGCAGGACCUGGCACGUGAGGAAGUCUUCAGAGUCUGCACAUCACGUGACAUCCCUUCUAAAGAUGAUCUUGCUAAGCUUAAGAUGUUGAACAUGAUAUUGAAUGAGUCCCUACGCCUAUACCCACCCGCAAUCGCGACAAUCAGACGGGCAAAAUACGACGUAGAGCUAGGAGGGUGUCGGGUCCCAUGCGGGACCGAGCUACUUGUCCCGAUCUUAGCCGUCCAUCACGAUCAGGCAAUCUGGGGGAAUGAUGCCAAUGAGUUUAACCCCAUGCGAUUCUCGGACGGUGUAUCUCGUGCAGCCAAGCAUCCUGUGGCGUUCAUCCCAUUCGGGCUUGGGACCCGAACUUGCAUUGGCCAAAAUCUAGCGAUCCUACAAUCUAAGCUCGUACUCACUAUCUUGUUACGACGUUUCUCCUUCACAUUAGCCCCAUCUUACCAACAUGCUCCUACAGUGUUGAUGCUCCUUUACCCUCAACAUGGUGCACCCAUUGUGUUUCGACAACUGUCCGAACACGAUAAAGAAACCGGGCCGGGUUGUCGUGUUGAUCAGGUUGUAUAGUCAGGUCGAGAGAGUUUUAAUUAGCAUAAUGUCCUUUUCUGUAUGCUCCCCCGUGUUUUUUGUUCAUAUAAGUAAUUAUCUAAUCGAUAAUUUUGUGUUUAUCUGUCGUAUCGUUUUCGAGAUUUCGAGAUUUCUUCAUUGGUAAAACAAAAAGGAAGCAAAGUUCCGGUUAUCGAUCGUUAUUUACUAACAUGGAGUUCUUAACAAAUGUAAUCUUGUAAUAUUACCAAAGGUCACAGGAAUUUUAGGUUGUAGCAUCUUGACUCUCUACUUAGAUUUAUUUUUAGGAUUUCUUAUGUGGGAUAUAAUUAAUUAACUAGGUGGUGGUUAAAAAAAAAUAUAUGUUGAUGAACGGUAUGGAAGUUAUCGACGCAAGAGCUCCUUUAAGGGUGCGUUGAUGCGUUCUAUAUAUUUGACUUUCACGUUAUUUUUCUGAACUAUUAGAAUUUAUCUUUUAGUUAUAAAUUGUAUAUCGACAAUCCUUAUUUUUAUGAUCUUAUGAUAUUUCACAGU